GUGAAAUUUGACACCAAAUCGGUGUGAAAAAUUAUAUUUUUCCUAUUUAGCCGCUAUUUAAUAGUCAUUGUUUUGGUUCAGUGAUAAAUUCGUUCUAUUUGUGGCCAUGGACCCGGUCAAGUACAAAAUACUACACGAAAAUUCAAUGCAGAACAAUAAUGGCACAUCGGCGUUGAACGUGUUUCUGCACAUCGUGCCAUCGUUUUUCACCAGUUUCCACACAAUUCAGCUUAUCUCUGCAACCGCAAUCGCACAAAUUCCUGCUCGGUUUUUAUUAGAAUUUUUCCUGAUAGUAUUUCCCUUUGUACUAAUGGUUACAGUACUGAGCCAGCUGGUCAGCAACAUUUCCAUUGCUCUACUACUGAUAACUGUCAUAUCAUCACUUCAACAAAUGAGACACAAAACCCACCUGAUGCCGUUUGUACAAAUUCCGGGUAGAAAACCACAGUUUAUAACUGCAGCGAGGGCACUCAUAAAUCUAAUGACAGCAAUUUGCAUAUUAGCGGUUGAUUUCCGUAUUUUUCCCCGAGAACUGGCUAAAACAGAAUCGUUUGGAUUCGGAUUGAUGGACGUAGGAGUUGGGCUCUAUGUGUUCAGCAAUGGAAUCGUUUAUAAGCCGGACAAAGAUCAAAAGCUGAAUCUGAUACGAGUGCGGAGCGUUCUAUUAGGUACAUUACCGUUGAUCGCACUAGGAGUUGGACGCUUCUUCGUUACACAGGAAAUUGACUAUCAGCAGCAUGUUUCCGAAUAUGGAGUGCAUUGGAAUUUCUUCAUUACAUUGGCUAUCGUUAAGAUUGCUGGUACAUUUAUUAUGGAUGUUAUAAAAGAUCCGGAAAUUGCCAAAUUUAUUGCUAUAACCAUUUUAUGCUGCCACGAAAUGAUGCUGCACCUUGGAGUAUCUCGUUACGUUCUCAGCGAAAACACCAAGAGAUCUAAUUUUGUGGAAGCAAACCGAGAAGGUAUCGCGUCUAUACCUGGAUAUGUUGCACUAUAUUUGGCAUCGACCAACGUAGGAUCUGUAAUGCGACCGUCGGUUGAAAUUCAACCUGCUAAGAAAUUCAUCAAACAAGCCAUCAAACUCAGUAUCGUGGCCGGUGUUUGCUGGAAAAUGAUUUAUGUAUGUGAAGAUAUGUUUGGAGUGUCCCGACGACUUGCCAACAUGGGAUACGUUUUUUGGAUUCUGUCCAUCGGAACCACAAUGUGCGCUCUGUUUAUGUAUUGUGAAGUUUUCAUCUACUUCGUGCGGUUCGAGGAACCAAAAUCGCCAGAUCAGAUCAUGAAGGGUGACGAUUUUUGCAUCUGGUACAUUCCACUGAUAUUCGAGUCAAUCAACAGCAAUGGGUUAGUAUUUUUCCUCGGCGCCAACUUACUAACCGGACUGAUCAAUAUGGUUUUCCAAACGUUGCUACUGGAGCCGCCGGCGGCUUUGACCAUCAUAAGCUACUACAUUUUCAUGCUAUGCGUUGUGACUGUUUUUAUGCACGUUAAUAAAAUCAGGCUGAAGAUUUGGUAAGAGCUCAGGAAGAUGGUUGUCGAUUCUAGUCAUUGAGGACAAAACCUUAAACCAACUAAUUUUAAGCACAUUCGCAUUGACAUUUUGCUCUGAAAGACUGUUCAUAACACUUGAAUGUAAGAAUUUACAAUUUACAAAGCGUAUUGUAGAAUAAAACCACA